ACUAUUAAAUCAGUGCUGCAUUGGAGACUGGAGUGUGCGUUUGCGAGGUAAACUUUGUGGGAACGUGUGAUUUCUUAAAAUGACUUGGAAGGUCCUCUUCUUUGUCCUGUUUGGGGUCUAUCGCUCUGUGGCUGAGAGAUAUACCGUGUACUGGAACCGAAGCAACCCCGCGCUCCUUGGAGGGGACUUCACGCUGGAAGUCAAGCUCAACGACUACCUCGACAUCCUGUGCCCUCACUACGAGGGCCCGUCGCCCCCUCAGAGCGUGGAAGAAUACACACUGUACCUGGUGGGGGAGGAGGAUUUCCGGCAGUGCAGGGUGGGGUCCAAGGAUCAGGUGCGCUGGGAGUGCAGAAAGCCGCACGCCCCGCACGGUCCGGAGAGGUUCUCGGAGAAGUUUCAGCGCUUCACCCCCUUCAGCCUGGGGAAGGAGUUCCAGGAGGGACGACACUACCACUACAUCUCGAAGGCAGUUCACCGCCGCCGGGAGCCGUGUCUAAAACUCCGAGUCCUCAUCCUCAGGAGUAAAGCUCGAGAGAACCACGUUGAACAUUACACGACAAAAGCCAAGCUGCCCGCAGACCAGCCGCCGGAGGAGAUGCCGGACACCCAGCGGAGUACGGGGGGGUCGGCUGCCCCGUGGGCCUCACCGGGACUCGCUCUCUUGCUGCAGCUGCUGACCCUGGCGAUGCUAUAGGGCCGGCCCUCGAGAUGGCCGCCAUCCCUCGGCCCGCGGACCCUCGGAACGGUGGGGGGAGGGAGGGAGGGAUGGGGUGGGCCGGGGUCGCUUUCCAUCGCCCGGGGUGGUCCGUGACUGACAAAGUGGCCGCUGGAUCACGAGAAUCGCCGCCGACGAUCGCGCAAAGUUUGGUCAAAGACGAUGGACAACUUUUUAAAAUGGCUGCCGCUGGGAAAUCGAAAUGGCCGCCAUCUACUGCCUCAGGAAUCGGAAUGGCUGCCUUCACACGACAUUGCCCGGUGGCGGACUGCAGGCAGGGUAGCGUGGGAGGUGCGCGGUGCGUUGGAGCCAAAUUUUGCGCACCAAAUCUAUGUAAAAAUAAAAACGGGGGGGGGGGGGGGGGGGGAGAUGUUGGACGGGUCAGACUCACGAUGGACACACAGUCGCUGGCGACGAAGGGGAGCCAAUCGGAGCCUCCUGGGGAGGGAGGCACCUUAUUAUUGAUCCAGGAGACGGGGAGGAGGGUGGUGGGGGGGGGGGUGUCGGUGGGGGUCUUGGUGCACCGCAGAUGGUGGGGGGGACAGAAACUGUCUGAAGCCGGUGGGCCCUCUCCCACAUCCCAACAAAAGGGCAACACCUCUUCCCGCUGACUGGCCGCUAACCCUGGGCCUGUUUGAUUCACCCGCUUCCCAGAGUGUUUGAACCCAACCCAGGGUCCCGUGGGGAAGUGGUGCGGGGUCCCGGACGCUAUAUGUGCUUGAUUCUCCCCAAUUUUCCGAAACCGGUGUAAAAAUUGUACAGCAUUUGAGUCUUUUCCUUUUGUACAGUCAUUUUUUUUAUACUUGUCUACAAUAAAUACCCUUUUAAUUCAA